CCUUUCUCAAACAAUAAACUAGUGUUGAUCACCCAUACUGCAAAGAAAUGGACGAAGACGCCGUUUCCGUCUCAUCAACUUCAACUUUCAGGCUCCGGUGGGACGUGUUCCUGAGCUUCAGAGGCGAAGACACCCGCCACUUCGCUAAGACCCUCUACCAGUCGCUCGAGAAAAGCGGCGUUCGAGUCUUCUUCGACGACGAGGGUUUGCGCGGCGGGGACGAGAUCAAGCCGGGUCUUUUCGAGGCCAUCGAGGACUCUGCCGCUUCCAUUGCCAUCAUAUCCCCGAACUACGCGUCGUCGCACUGGUGCCUGGAGGAACUUUCCAAGAUAUGUGAGUACCGGAGGCUCCUUCUUCCCGUUUUCUACCGAGUCAACCCGUCCGACGUUCGGCGACAGAAGGGACCUUUCGAAGAACACUUUAGAAACCAUGGAAAGAUGUAUGAGGAGGACAAGGUUACGUGCUGGAGGAGAGCUAUGGAAAAAGCUGGUGCAAUUGUUGGCUGGCCCUUCGAUAAGAGUGAAAGCGAUGCUGAGGCGAAAGAGCGGUUGAUUCAAUCUUUAGUCAAAAGGGUGUUGACUGAACUUGCCAAUACUCCAGUGGGUCUGGCUACAUAUACAGUUGGACUUGGUCCUCGUCUUGAAAAACUUAUGAGUGUGUUGGAUGUUAAAUCCAAUGGCGUUCGAGUUCUUGGAUUACAUGGGUUGGGUGGGGUUGGUAAGACAACCCUUGCUAAGGCUCUUUGUAAUAAAAUUGUUGGUCAUUUUGAUUGCCUUAGUUUCAUUUCAAAAGUAAGAGAGAAUUCUGCAAAAGAUGCAGAUUUGGUAUCCCUUCAGAACAAACUUAUCCAUGACCUUUCCUCGGGUAAGUCUCCUGUAGCUGCAAUCAAAGAGGUACUUCAGGAGAAGCGAGUUCUUGUUGUUUUGGAUGAUGUUGACAAUGUAAGUCAGCUUGAAGCACUCAUUGGAAGAAGAGAAUGGUUUUCUGAAGGAAGUAGAAUCAUAAUUACCACAAGAGACAAAGAAGUUCUACCUGAGCAUCUUGUCACUGCGUUUUAUGAGGUCAGAGAGUUGGAUUCCUCUGACGCACUAAAACUUUUUAGCUACCAUGCACUGAGAAGAGAGAAACCCAUUGACGGAUUUCUUAGUCUGUCCAAGGAGAUGGUGUCAAUUACCAGAGGUCUGCCAUUGGCUCUGGAAGUAUUUGGUUCUUAUUUGGUGGAUAAGAGGAGAAAAGAGGAAUGGGAAGAUGCUCUGAAAAAGUUGAAACGGAUUCGUCCACGCCAGCUGCAGGAUGUGUUGAAGAUCAGUUUUGAUGGGUUAGAUGCAGAAGAGAAGCGUAUAUUCCUUGACAUUUCAUGUUUACUCAUAAAGAUGGAAAUGAAGAGAGAGGAUGCAAUUGAUGUAUUGAAAGGUUGCGGUUUUAGGGCUGAGAUAGCAGUCAGAGUCCUCAUAACAAGGUCGCUCAUCAAGAUUACAGAGGACAACACUUUGUGGAUGCAUGAUCAAGUUAGAGAAAUGGGAAGACAGAUUGUUCUAGAUGAUAACCCUCACAAUAUUCCAAGUAGACUGUGGGAUCGUGAAGAAAUCAUGACCGUCUUGAAGGGUGGGAAGGGAACAGGAUCAAAGAUAGAAGGGAUCGUGCUAGACUUUAAAGAAAGGCAUAAGAAGUUUCUUGAAACUAAAGCAGAGAGAGAGAGGGAGGUAAUACUAUACACCAAGUCUUUUGAAUCUAUGUCUAAUCUAAGACUUCUGCAAAUCAAUUAUACAAGAUUGGUAGGAAGGUAUAAGUACAUUCCUGCACAACUGAAGUGGCUACAAUGGAAAGGAUGUCCUCUUAAAAGUCUUCCUUCAGAUUUUUGUCCUCGGGAACUUGCUGUCCUUGACCUCUCAGAAAGUAAAAUUGAACGAGUAUGGCGCAGGUACACUAACCAGGUGGCUGAGAAAUUGAUGGUUAUGAAUCUCCGGGGCUGCCAUAAUCUUGUUGCUACUCCAGAUUUCUCUGGACAUAAAAAAUUGGAAAAGCUUGAUCUUGAGCAUUGUCACAGCCUAAUUAAGAUUCAUGAUUCAAUUGGAAAUGUGAGUACAUUGCUUCAUUUGAACCUGAGCAGUUGCUGGAACCUUGUUGAAUUUCCUGCUGCAGUCUCUGGCCUAAAAAAUCUAGAGAGCCUUAUCCUCUCCGGCUGCUCAAAAUUGAAAAAGUUACCAAUGGACAUAGGUGACAUGAGAUCUCUGAAAGAACUUCAUGUUGAUAGCACUGCUAUACAAGAGCUACCUGAAUCAAUUUUCCACCUUACAAAGCUCGAAAAGCUUAAACUAGACGGUUGCCGGUUCUUAACGAAACUUCCCAACUGCAUUGGGAAGCUGUCUUCCCUGAAGGAACUCUCUCUUAAUGAUACUGCUGUAGAAGAAAUACCUGAUUCUGUUGGAUCUUUGCUAAACCUUGAGAUACUAAGUCUAAUUUGGUGUAAAUCACUCACUUCAAUUCCAGAUUCUGUUGGCAAUCUCAUAUCAUUGGCAAAAUUUCUAAUAAAUGGUAGUGCAAUCAAAGAACUGCCUGCUUCUAUUGGUUCCUUACAAUAUUUGAAGGACUUGUCAGCUGGAAACUGUCUGUCUUUGAGCAAGUUGCCUGAUUCAAUUGAAGGAUUAGCUUCUGUUGUUGAGCUUCAGUUAGACCGGACACCAAUUACAAAUCUGCCGGAUCAGGUAGGUGCCCUGAAAAUGCUGAGGAAGCUUGAGAUGAGGAAUUGUAAAGAUAUUAAAUCUUUACCAGAAUCAAUUGGAAGCAUGUUCGCUCUUACUUCUCUGAACAUAUCUAAUUCCAAUAUUUCUGAAUUGCCGGAAUCAAUUGGGAUGCUGGAAAAUCUUGUAAUAUUCAGGUUAAAUAAAUGUACACAGCUCCGUAAACUUCCUGAUUCAAUAGGAAAUUUGAAGUCUUUGCACCACUUGCUGAUGGAAGAAACUGCAGUCACGGAGUUGCCUGAAAGCUUUGGGAUGCUUUCAAGCUUAAUGAUAUUAAAAAUGGCUAAGAAGCCUCAUUUCCCAUCUGCUGGAAACAGGAUACCUGAAGAGGAUUUGGUUGCAGCUGAACAAGAGAAACAUAAUCCUUUCAGACUUCCAUCUUCUUUCUCAAAUUUAUGCAACCUUGAAGAACUGGAUGCUCGUGCUUGGAAUCUAUGUGGCAAGAUUCCCGAUGAUUUUGGUAGGCUGUCGUCGUUGGAGAUUUUGAAUCUAUGUCAUAACAACUUUUUCAGCCUUCCGUCCAGCUUGAGGUGUUUUCCGUUUCUGAAAAAGCUUUUAUUAACCUACUGCGAGCAGCUGAAAUCUCUUCCUCCACUUCCCUCAAGUUUGGUGGAGGUGAAUGUUGCGAACUGUAGUGCAUUGGAAAGGGUGUCUGAUAUCUCAAAAUUGGAAAGCUUGCGUGAGCUGAACCUCACAAACUGUGAGAAGGUGGAGGAUAUUCCGGGCCUCGAAUGCUUGAAGUCGUUGACAAGGUUGUUUAUGAGUGGUUGCAAAGCAUGCUCAUCUGUUGUAAAAAGAAGGCUUUCUAAGGUUUCUUUAAGGAAUUUAGUGGCUCUUAGUAUGCCUGGAAACAAGAUUCCAGCUUGGUUUUCUCAAGAGGUUAGAUUCUCAGAACGCAAAAAUCAUGAUAUCAAAGGUGUGAUAAUAGGCGUUGUCGUCUCCCUCGACCCUCAAAUACCUGAUGACUUAAGAGAUCAACUUCCUGCACUACCAUGCGUACGAGCAAAUAUUUUCAAACUGAAUAAACUUUUGUUCAGUACAAUGCCGGAGUUGAAGGGAGUUCCAAAGACGAAUGAAGAUCACAUUUACUUGUUUCGAUAUCCAGAUUGUCAUCCGUUAGUUUCAACGUUGAGAGAUGGUUAUGACAUAAACGUGAGAGAGCAAGACCCACCGUUCAUCAAGGGAAUUGAGCUGAAAAAGUGUGGGCUUUAUUUGAUCUUCGAAGGUGAUGAUGAUUACGAGGGAGAUGAAGAAUCGUUGGACAAGAGCCAGUUAUCCGUUUCUGAAAAACUAGCAAAGUUUUUCCACUCUCCUGAGGAUGAAGAUCACGCCUCUGAAUCUGGUAUUGAAGUCGAGAGCCGGAUCAUCAUGCAAGAGAUCGAGGAAGAAGUGUGUGGAGGCUUUUUGAGGCUUGUUCGGGGUUGCUUUUGUUUUUAGAAAAGAAGGUACCUGCAAUGCAA